GGGCGGCGCCCGGCGUCGGAAGUUGUUCGGCAGCAGCAGCGGCGACGGCGGCGACAUCCCCCCUGAGGCUCCUCGAAUCGCGAGCGCCUUGAAGCCGCCAAACCCGAGGAGCGGAUGGCCGACACCGAUUCUAAGUCGAUGCAAGAAGUCGCCACUGUCGUGGAGAACCUCUUGCAGCAAAUGCAGGAGAAGUUUCAGGCCAUGUCGGAUCAAAUCCUCGGCAGGAUCGACGAAAUGAACUCACGGAUCGACGACCUGGAGAAGAACGUGGCGGAGCUGAUGACCCACGUGGAUGGGGAGGAGGAAGGGGGCGUUGAAAACAAGGACCCAAAUUAACGCGGUGCAGGCUUACAGACCACAACGUGCUGGUGUAUUAGCGGCGUGGGUGUAUGCUGGGUGAUCGCACGCACGGUAGGGAACGGGGGGAGGGGUGGACUGCUGCAUCACCCUCAGCCGAUAGAGAAACUCGUGAAGACCACCUCGCUUGCCGCUUUGCAUCCCUCAAGUAUUGUGAAUUUCGCACACAACGGCAGCGUAGAAGCUCACGAAAUCGGUAAAUACUCGAAACAUUAUGGCCGGUUAGGGAAAGCAACCACAUCGGUUGUGAAUUUGUCCUCUUUACAACUAGCAUAAACAGGCUCUCUUGCGCAGUGGCAGUAAGGAUCUGGGUAUGAUGAUUGUUCUACGUGAAAUAGUUGUAUUUAUUUUUUACCUUCCAACUCUUACCAACGAAAGUGGAAUGGUGCCGAUCUCAGGUGGCAACCCUAAGGCAUUUUUCGAAAUUCCUCAUUCAUCUCUGCAUGGUCAACUUCCCAAUAAUUACUUCUGAUUUGAUCAACCUCAGAGAUGAAGACGGACGGAGUCAUUCCACAACGGGGAUCUCAACUUGCUGCCACAUACAUUUUCCAUGUUGAGGAGUCUCUUAUAUUUCUUUCCUCACGUUAUCUCAGUUGUGCGAGCGGUGUCACGUCCACGAGACAGGAGGCCUGUGGGCACAGUGAUGCAACGCCCCACGGAAGCGGAUUGCGCAAGAGCUACCUCCGAGAUUCCUUCGGGCACCUUGAUCCGCACAGUAGAGGGCAGCACUUUUCCAGCCACCGAUUGUAACGUUCAUCGCCCGACAAGCAAACCGACGUUUUUUUCAUUAUUGCCGCUGGUAUGUAUCCAAAUUAAGUGCAGAACUAAAUUUUAGUCUUGUAUUUUAUGGUGCAUUUGUUGGUGACCUGGUUGAGACCAUCAAUUUCAGUACAACUUGAGAACCCGAUUCAAUCGCAGGUGGCUGCAACCUGGAUUUGAACCCAAAUUUGUUCGUCAGCAGUGCCGAUUCCGUGCUCUGACCUCUGUGCCCCCGGGGCCACCUCCGAGCAUUUUCUUAUUUUUAUAUCGUGUUCGGCUGCAUCUGGGAUGACGCCUCUGGUGAGGUUGUGGGCUGUGGACUCGGGGCUUACUGGUUCACUGAGCAGCAGCGUGCUUAGAACGUAGAGGUGUACGAAUGGAAUGUUAUCUACAACGGAGUCGAGAUUUUUUAAUUCCAGAAUUGUCUUGGCGGUCGUUACAAAUGUUUGCCAUCUGCUGCGAAGCGGAUGCUGCACGUCUCAUUUAUGUCUAAAAUUAAAUUGUUGAUUCCUAACGAAACUUAGUUGCAGGCAUUUCUUUUUAAAUAAACCCAAUUGUGCUAGCUCCACUUGUUGCACAUUUCGUCUGUUAUGCUCUGUGUCAAAUCCCUACGGUUUUUACACCCUCCGAUUCGCACUGUAGGCUACGUGCGGUGCGAAGGACGCUCUACAUACGUCAGACCAAGUUUGCUUCCACACCGUUGCUUGAACACAGUAAUGGUUUAACAAGUAGGCUUUUGCGACCGAUAUCAUCCAUGAUACAGGUUUUUUUGGGUUAGAUCGCGUAAAUAUAUAAAUGUGUCCUUAAACCCGCCACCACCCGACAGCCAACUCGUAAGGUUUGUCACGUAAACAGAAUUGGCAUGUUCUGUGUACGUGACAAACCUUAAUAAUUGGCGGUGUCGGGUGGUGGCGAGUUGAACGACAUAUCUACGCGAUCUCAUCCAAGAGAACCUGUGUUAUGGAGAGUAAGAGACGUGAUCACACUUAGCUGAUACUGGGGAAGCUCUCAGCAGACGAUACAGAAGUCAAUACUGUAAAAAACAAUCACCAUUAUAAACUGGAAUCGAACUCAGAACCUUUGAGGCUGACGGCACAAUGUUGAUGACCACAAUGGACCCCUUUCCUGUCGCCACUAUUAAACUAAGCCUUGCACCAGUGUCUGCUUGUCGAGCCUUUGAACUUUACGGUUUUUUGAACACCCAACAUUUCACACAAAUUGGGAGCAUUGUUUUUAUGUCAAGGUGUUGAGGUUUUGUUGAACAGGAAUUCUCAAACUGCAGUUUUAAUGCUGCAGAUUCUCAUGUUUAAACAUGGCCACGUGUCGUGACGACCUGUUACAUUUUUUUACUGCAGAAGAUUGGCAAGCGGUGCAGAGACGGUCAUAGAGACUGGUGUUUGGGAAGUUCUCUUUUGGAAUAUGAAUUUACAGCGUUUACCUUGAGGAUAGUAUUUUUUUUGUACUGUAAUGCUGUACGUUGUAAAGAUUUUUGUUAUUUAACUUUGGAAAUAAAUACACUAACCAACGGUAA